AUGGUUGCGGGGCAACGGGCGGCGGGGGCAGUCAUUGGGCGGCGGGCAGUGAGUGACGUGCGCGCGGUCCAAUGGGAGCGCGGGGGCGGGCGCUCCGCGGACAAUGGGCGUGUCCAUGGUAACGGGGGCUCAGUGCACGAGUGGCGGGAGCGCGCGAGGGGCGCGCAGUGCACGAGCGCGCGGGGGCGCGCAGUGCACGAGCGGCGGAGCAUGGCGGCCACCAUCAGCCUGUUCGAUCUGGCGAACCUGAGCAUCGGCUACCCCGAGCCGGGCGUGGUCAACUUCGCUGCGUUGCACGCCUUGCUACACGCCGUGCUGCAACACCUGGGCAUCCAACAGGUGCAAACCGAGCACCUGCCCGAGGUGGGGCCGGUGCCCGCGCCCGGACACGACCCCCUGCUUGCAGACGUGCCCGCGCCCGAACACGACCCCCUGCUUGCAGACGUGCCCGCGCCCGAACACGACCCCCUGCUUGCAGAUGUGCCCGCGCCCGGACACGACCCCCUGGCCAUGUCGGUGCCCGUGCCCGCGCACUACCGCCGGCUGGAGCGCAAGGUGCGGGACGUGGAGCUACAGGUACAGGAGCUGAGCCGCUUGCCCAACGCCGUGGAGCUGCUGCAGCGCAGCCGGCACGAUGGCCGUGCCAUGAGCGAUGUGUGGAGCCUCCUGCAGCUCCGCAAGAGCACGGAUCUCAACCGCGAGGGCGUCGACAAGGCCAUGUCCAUGAUGGAAGAGGUGAUGCAAGAGAUGCAUUAUUUAAAGAAGUUCAAAAACACGAUGGAAGAUCACGUUAAAGAAAUCAACAAGAAUAUAGAUUUGAAUAAAUCUCGUGAGGAGCUGGAGCAGUUUGUCCCGUGGAAGACCCUCCAGAGCACGCUGGUGGACCCUCCUAUGGAACGCUAUGGUGUCUGGUCAGUCGGUUCAAGCCAAGUGACGGUGAUAGGUUUACAGCCGGCUGGCCCCACCGAUGAUCCUUCCAAUAAGAUACAGGCGGUGCACGCAGACAGUCUGCCUCAGCAGGUGGUCACCAGCUCCCGUCACAUCAGCCCCUCGCCCAUUUCCUCACAGACAGUUGACCGUUACCCUGAGGCUGUGACCGCACUCAAGCGCAUCCGCCAUGUCACCGACAACCAGCCAGUACUGGACCGCCGAGUCUCUGCGCUAGAGAAAGUCGUGGCCGACCUGGCUGCUCUGACGCUGGACGGGGACGAGACGCGGGACCCAAGUGAGCACCGAGUGAAGUCCGCAGGUGCAGCGGACGGGGUGAAGGCCGAUGACGUACAGGCGCAGAUCACCGACCUCAGGGACAUGGUGAAGAACAUCGAUGAAGAAUUGAACGAGCUGCGGAAGUUGCAACCCGGGGGCCCGGUGCAGCAGCAGGUCAGAGCCGGGGGGUGGGGGCCGUGCCCAGCGUGA